GCUUUGGAGCCAUUUUUUAGAAUGUUUUUGAACGCGGAAGCUUGCAGUUGCAGAGCUCGAAGUCAUUACAAUGUUACAGCUAAUCUUGAUCUUGGCGGCCCUAGGCCAACUGCCCACACUGCUGGCUCAAAAGCAACAAUGGAGACCAGCACCAAGCAGCACAGCCUCCGUCAAUCCACAACAACAGCGACCAUUACUGAUCGAUGAUGAAGUGCAUUUUAAUCAGACUUUGAAUUCGAUUUUGGUGCCGCGAGUAGUUGGCAGUCAAGGCCAUCAACAGGUGCUCCAAUUUCUAGUCCAGUCGCUUACCAAUCUGGGCUUUCAAACGGAAUUGGAUGAGUUUAGGCAGCGUGUCCCAGUGUUGGGCGAAUUACAAUUCACCAAUGUUAUUGGCUAUAUUAAUCCUACGGCGCAGAAUUUUUUAACUCUCGCCUGUCACUAUGAUAGCAAAUAUUUUCCCAAUGAUCCGAAUUUCGUCGGGGCCACCGAUUCGGCAGUUCCCUGUGCAAUACUAUUGAACACGGCCAAGACUUUGCAGCCGUUUCUUAAAAAGCAAUUUCUUAAUCGAAGCGAUUUAGGUUUAAUGCUCGUGUUCUUUGAUGGUGAAGAGGCUUUCAAGGAUUGGACCAAUGCGGAUUCGGUUUACGGUGCCCGUCACUUGGCCAGCAAAUUGGCCAAAACGCGUAGCGUUUUAUCUGGAACAAAUCAAUCCAUACGUAAUAUAGAUCGUAUAGAAGUUUUGGUUCUGCUGGAUCUUAUUGGUGCCCCCAAUGCCAAAUUCUCCAGUUUCCAUCAAAAUACACACGGGCUGCACACGAGUUUAGUGCAAAUCGAGCAAUCAUUGCGUAAAGCUGGUCAAUUGCAGGGCAAUGGUAAAAUGUUCCUAAGCCUUCCUUCUGGUGGACAGGUGGAUGAUGAUCAUCGUCCAUUUUUGGAAGAAAAUGUACCCGUUCUGCAUUUAAUAGCUACACCCUUUCCCGAUGUUUGGCAUACGCCAAAAGAUAAUGCCGAACAUUUGCAUUGGCCGUCCAUAAGGAAUUUUGUUAAAGUUUUCCGUAGUUUUGUUUAUCAAUACAUUAGGCUGCACACCGAACCCGUAAAUCUACGCUACCAAAGAGGAUAA